AUGAUGGAUGAUGAAGAACCUGUCUUUUCUCAGUCAGCACAGCAUUUAUUUAAAAACGAAAAUUCUAAUGAGGAUGGUGAAAAGCAUCCAAAUCUGGAGGCUUCUAGCCCUUCCAAAAAUCAUAGGCAGCACCGGAAAAACCCUCCACCUUUUGUACUAGCCGAUGUACAACUCUCAUGCGCAGAAGGAUGGGAACGCUUUGAGGGAAAGUGCUAUAAACUCAUAUCUAUAGAAAAGUCGUGGCCUCAAGCUCUAGCCUUCUGUUCCCGCUUUGGAGCCAAACUAGUCCGUCUUGAAUCUUCUGAAGAAAAUAAAUUUUUGGCAAAAUAUCUGAUGAGGCCACAUUUAACAUCCGGUCCAACAACGUCCUCUUCUGAAUAUUGGAUCGGUCUUUUAUAUAGACCUUUAAUGAUGGAUUCAUCAAUUUCAUCCUCUUCAUCUCUCUCAAAAUCUUUAAUGGAUGGGUCUUUUCUAUGGAGCGAUGGUUCCCAAACUUCUCGAUAUGUUGGAUUUUGGUCCUAUGGACAGCCUGAUCCUGCAAAUGGAAGUUGCACAAAAAUACUUGUAGACGGCCUUCAAGUAGAAGGACCGACAUGGCAAUUAGAUGUCUGUAACCAGCUUAGGCCUUUUAUCUGCGAACAGAAUGCUUGUAUUAAAGGAUCAUUUUUCUGCCAAAACGGUGUAUGCCUCCCUGAACGCGCCCAUUGCAAUGGGAUUGAUGAAUGUGGAGAUUCUAGUGAUGAGUUUAAUUGUCCAUCAGCUCAUAGUGAAAUGUCUUGUCAACGAUACGAGAAAGGGGAAUCUGGGCGUAUUGAAACACCCAACUUUCCUGCAAGUUAUAGACAAGGUGCCAACUGCCGUUGGGUUAUAGAAGGACCGCUUAAUUCUAAAAUUCAGCUAAAUUUUGACUCCUUCGAGACUGAAGAACGCCAUGAUUUAGUUACUGUAUUAGACGGAGGCCCUUCAGAAAAUUCUACUUUUGCUCUAUCAACAAUUUCGGGUACCCCUCGAAAUACAGAAAAGCUUUCCUUUGAGUCAAGCACAAAUAGAAUUAUAGUCCAAUUCAGAGCGGAUCAAAGCAUUCAAGCUCGAGGCUUUCAAGCUAGUUGGAGAACUGUUCCAAUAUCGUGUGGAAAUCAGCAACUCAAAGCCUCUUCAAUCGGCCAACAAUUUCACAGCCCAGAAUGGCCUAGAAAUUAUCCUAAAGGCUUAGAAUGUGUUUGGCGUAUAGAAGCACCUUCUGGCCAAUUGAUCUCUUUAUUUAUUGAUGAAUUCAACACAGAAGCUGAAACUGAUUUUUUAACAAUUUAUGAUGGACCGAGUCCGUCUGAGCCCAUAUUGGCUAAAUUCAGUGGGCAUAUGAAGGAACCUCAACUCAUAAUUUCAACUCAAUCUCAAGUUCAUAUCUACUUCUUCAGUAGCGAGACAGUUUCUCAAAAAGGCUUUACUAUAACAUACAAAAAAGGCUGUGACAACUCUAUCCGUCGAUCACACGGAGUCUUAACAUCACCGGGAAAUGCACAUUUGCCUUAUGCUCCUUCACAAAUUUGUCGUUGGAGUAUAGAAUUACCCUCUCAACAAAUCGAAAACUUUGAAGCUGCAGCAGAAAUUCCAUCAUUGUCUUUAGUUCUGAAUUCAUGGGAUGUUGCCGAUUUAGGCGAUAAGUUACAAAUUUAUGAGGGAGGUGAGGAUGGAAGUAGUAAUGGGAGACCGUUACAUGAAAGUGAUGGUUUUACUGUUAAUAAUGCUCCACCAAGAACGAUUUAUGCAAAACAAGGACGUGUUGAACUCGUUUGGCGUUCUAAUGUCUUAAACAGUGGAACUGGAUGGAAUAUUUCUUUUUCGACAAGUUGCCCUCCUCUCUCAUUACCCUCCCGUCGUGUCCUCCUCUCCACUAAAAACACAGCCUACGGUACCCACGUUACUAUAAGUUGUGAAAGAGGCUUUGAAUUCUCAACGGGGCUCGGCAGGCAUUUUGAAACAGAGUGUGAAUUGGGAGGUCUGUGGAGUAAUUAUGCACCUGUUCCAGACUGUCAACCUUUGCUUCUGGGAAGCAACAUGAAGAAAUAUUUUGUACAGACGAAGGCCGUUGGACACAAUCGCCCAAAUGCAAAAGUCCUUGGAACAAUUAUUUCCCCUAUUUCAUAUUUUACGUUUCAGCUGAUGCCUGUCCCGCACUCCCAUCUUUUGUCUCCGGUGAACGAAUUCUUCAAUUUGGGGAUGGCAGGGUUCGGCAGCGUUUUCCAAUUUCACUGUGCGAAGGGUUACUUUAUUGAAGGUCCUUUAAGCAUUGUUUGUCGUCCAAAUGGAGAAUGGUCCUCUCCACAGCCUCUUUGUAAAAAAUUGACUUGUACUGAUAUCCCAAUUGUCGAAAAUGGUGAACUACAUUUAUUGCCUAGCAAUAAUAUGGUUAUGGAUGAAAAAUCCAAUAAGGAUAAAAAACUAAAGGACCAAACCAAGAACUUCGGAUCUAAACAAAAAAUGGAAUUUAAAACUAAAAGAAGUAUGGUAAUUCGAGAGUUGCAAUUUGGAGACUCUCUACGAGUUGAGUGCCAUUCUGGUUUUCAGUCUGUAGGAGCGGAAACACUUAAAUGCUUGGCUAAUCAAACACUUAGUGGAAUUCCGAAAUGCCGCGAUAUCGAUGAAUGUGAGUUACAAUCUGCAGGAAAUUGUGCCACAAAAUCAACAACUUGUGUGAAUAUGCCAGGCGGUUUUCAUUGUCAAUGUCAACCUGGAUAUAAACCAAAACUGGACUGUUCUGGACCCCUGUCUAUUAUACCAACAAAAAUACAAACAUCACAUGGUGUGCCAAUACCGGUUCAACAGCUCAAUUCAAAAAAUGGAUGGUGUGCAGAUACAACAAUAACAAAUGCUCAAAUGCUUGAAAAACGGAUAAUGCCCUUUAAUGAGUCAAUUAGUAGCAGCUCUCCAUCAACAAUUUUAACUUUGAUAUUCACUUUCCCCGUGCCAAAGGUACAAAAUUUGAAAGAGAAAAUUUUUAUCUUCCCCAAAAAUCAGAUAAUCGAGAAGCUACAUCUUGAAAAAGUGGUUGUUCCCAGCGCUUCUGCCCCUUCUGGAAUUGCUGGGGCAAUCGCAGCAACACCCGAAGCAUGGCCUCAACGCUUUACGCUUUCUUAUUCAAUUGAGGAAGGAAUGCCGUUUGAAGUGUAUAAUGGAGGACUUGCUGAAUUGGGAGGGAAUAACAACAUUACUUCAACUAAUGAUAAUAAAAAGUCAAAUGAAAGAAAAUUAAAUACUCCGAAUACUAAAGAGAUAAGAACAAGAGCUUUAGGUAUAAUAUAA